AUGUCCGACUCCAAGACCACAGCCCAAUCCCUCACCCCGGCUGCAAUCCACUCUGCCUACACGCUCAUCAAGCCGUACAUACACCGCACGCCCCUCCUAACUAACCAAACACUCAACGCCAUCGCCUCGACACCGCAAACGCCCUCCUCGCUCGCCGGCACCGAAUUCGAAAACCAGGCCCCCGCAAACCCUACCUUCCGGUUCUUCUUCAAAUGCGAGAAUUACCAGCGCAUUGGGGCGUUCAAGGCGCGGGGCGGCUUUCACGCUUUACUGCGGCUUAUCGCCGAGCGGGGUAGGGAUGAGGUACAGCGGAGGGGGGUGGUUACGCAUAGUUCGGGGAAUCAUGCGCAGGCUCUAGCGCUAGCAGCGUCGACGUUGAAUAUCCCAGCUUACAUUGUCAUGCCGAGAAUUAGCACACCGUCAAAGAUAGAGGGCACAAAAUCAUAUGGAGCAGAGGUGAUUUUCAGUGGAUCGACAAGUACGGAGCGCGAGGCAUUGGUGGCUGAGGUGCAGGCGAGAACGGAUGCAAUCUUAGUGCCUCCGUACGAUGAUUUCAAUAUCAUUUGCGGACAAGGCACGACGGGUCUCGAACUGCAGGAACAAUAUCUGGAUGCUGUGCUAGAGAAUCCGCAGUUAAGUGUGCAUUUGCAUCAGGGUGCUUUGGAAGAGAGACAUCUCGAUGCGGUGAUCACUCCCAUUGGAGGCGGCGGGCUCAAUUCCGGCGUGGCGACGUUUUUCUCCGAUAAACCAACGAAGGUGUUCGGUGCGGAGCCAAGCUUUGAGGGUGCGGACGAUUGUCGUCGAGGGCUGCAGGCUGGAGAGCGCGUUCUGGCAGUCAAGACGUUGACGAUUGCGGAUGGGUUACGCACGCCGGUGGGGGUGCUUAAUUGGGAGGUGAUUUCGAACCAGGACAAGGUUGCGGGCGUGUUUUCUGUCACGGAAACGCAGAUCAAGGAUGCGAUGCGGUUGGUGUUGGAGAGGAUGAAGGUGGUGGUUGAACCGAGUGCAGUGGUCGGCCUGGCGGUUUGUUUGUUUAACGAGGAUUUCCGUCGUCUGGUUGAGAAGGAGGCGCCGCAGGGGUGGGAUGUAGGUGUUGUGUUCAGUGGCGGUAAUACAACGGUGGAGGCCAUUGGGAAGCUGUUUGGAUGA